ACAAAGUAAGCUGCCUCUCGAGUCUUGCCUUUCCCUUGCCUCACCACAGUCUUCCUGCUUGCUGUCUGGCUGCUGUCCACCGUGACCUCUCUCUCUCUCUCUAAAAUCUCUUUCCUUUCUCUCUCCUAAACCCCCUUUCCUUUCUCGUUAAUUUUUGUUUUUUCACCUUCCAGAUCAUUUCCUCUCUUUCUCUCUAUACACAUACAAAAUUAUAUAUCUAUCUUUCUCUGUCUCAUGGAAGUCUUGCCAUGUCUCGUGACUCGAAAGUCCCAAUCCAAACUCAUCGCCAUCAUAGAAUCAAUUUUUCCAGAAUAAAAAUCCGAACUUUCCAGGUUACUUCGCUCUCUCAUGACUUCUCACUUUCUCUCUCCUCCUCCCAAUCGUUGUUUUCUCUCUCUAUAACGCCGGCGGCGAAGAUAUGCGGUCCCCACGGUCGCUCCGCAACGGCGGCGGCGACGCUCCCUCGCAUCACCCCCGAAUCCAAACGCCUCCUCACUUCCAAUCCACCGUCUCCGUGCAGAAGCUCCGGCGAUUCAACACGCUGAUUCUCGUGUUCCGGGUCGCCGCGUUUUGCUUCUCUUUCACUGCUUCAAUUUUCAUGAUCACUAACUCCAGAGGUUCCAAUUCACCUCAUUGGUACGACUUUGAUGCCUUCAGGUUCGUUUUUGCUGCGAAUGCUAUAGUUGCUCUAUACUCCUUAUUCGAAAUGGGAGCUUCUGUUUGGGAGAUUUCCAGAGGGGUCACUGUCUUUCCAGAGAUCUUACAGGUCUGGUUCGAUUUCGGCCAUGAUCAGGUUUUCGCGUACCUGCUACUGUCGGCGGACUCGGCGGGGACGGCGUUGGCUCGGGAGCUGAGGGGGACGGACACGUGUACGGCGGAGAGCGGGUUCUGCGUCCAGACAGAUAUAUCGAUCGCCUUGGGAUUCGCCGGAUUUCUGUUCCUAGGGCUAUCGUCGCUGUUGUCGGGAUUUAGGGUCGUCUGUUUCGUAAUCAACGGCUCUCGUUUUCAUAUCUAGUCUAGAGUGAGAGUGUGUGUGUGUGUGUGAGAGAGAGAAUAUUUUGGGUGCGUGGAGAGUGUUCUCUUUUACCGUGUACCGUACUGUGAUUUGGACUGAUUUGAUAUGGUCUGGGUUUGGGUGCUUCUUCUAGGUACAAUGUUUUAGCUGGUGUGUUACUUACUGUGCAUAUGAGAGCUCUGUAUUCUUUAUUGCUUACCGCUUUGUCCUGCCUACUGAUGUUAACUUAAAGGAAUUAUGUUCUUUGAUCAAGGCAAUUGGUAUUAAGUUUGUUUAUGGUCA